AUGUUCCAGCACCAUGAUCCAAGGAACUGUGGCUAUGCGGAUUCGAGACAUCUUGGAUCAAAUAUUGAGAAAAGGCUUAGCAGAAAGCCUACAGCUCUUGUAAAAGCACGCGAAUGCCGUGCCAAUCCCCCGCGAGAACUCCUUCGACCCAUCGCCGAUCGUGCCAUCGACUUCUUUCUGGCAACUCACGUAUUCCGUGAUUGUGGCCGUGUCCGGGGUCACUACGAGUAUCUUUCUAUGUUUGGUGAGGAUGUCAGAAAUAGGAAACAACUCUUCGUGAGCUUGAGUGCUGUCGCACUCGCAGCGUACGCUUACAGCUUCCAACAUCCAGCUCUGCUUGAGGAGUCCAGACGCCAAUACGGACAUGCUCUCCAGCUCAUCAACACUGCGUUGUCAUCACGAGAGGAAAUGGCCAAUGAUAGCACAAUCGUCUCGAUCCUACUUCUCAGCACGUUUGAGACGAUUACCUCGGGGAAUCCACAGUCGCUUUCACAUUGCAAUGCACAUAUCAGAGGCGCAAUGACGAUUAUCCACUUGCGAGGCCAUCGCAUGUUCGAGUCCCGGCGGGGGCAGCAACUGUUCCUGCAUAUCUGCUGGUGUCUCUCGGUGAACUCCGUUUUGCACUCCUAUCCAGUUCCACCAGAACUCAUCGCAAUCCGUCAAUUGACUGCAAGGUAUUUGGAUACCAGUGACCCGGCGUGGAGAUUGUUCGACUUGGAAGUCAAAGUUGCCAAAUUUCGUGCCGAUGUCAAGCUCAAUAUUCUUCGUGGUCGCCGUUUGCUGAAUGUUGCUCUGGACAUCGAUCGCGAGUUCGUCUUGCUCGCCGGCGACUUUCCUGUUCAAUGGCGUUUCCGAUCAAUGACUCUGGAUGAACCAUCCGAGCUGGUCUUUGGGUCUUCCUACCGAGUAUACCCUGAUGUCUGGAUAGCCGCCAUCUGGAACAAACUGCGUACUUGCCGGUUACUUUUACACAAGGAAAUCUGCACCCAACUACGUGGUACGGUGCCUCAAUUCUGUGGCCUUGUGUCUAUGUCUUCAGGCGAUCUGCUGCAGACUGAGAAAGAUAUAUUCCGCGAUCCGUCCGCCAGUGGCAUUCCGACGGUUGCCGGGCUCUACUUUUUGUUCUGGCCCUUGCUGACGGUUGGGUGCAUUGUGGAAUCGGACGUUCAGCGGAAAUGGAUCGUAGAUCGCAGUCGGUAUAUUGGAAGGAUGACUGGGAUUCAGCAAGCAUUUUCCUUGGCGGAUGUUCGUCGCGUCAAGUGCGACGAGCGACUUCCGGGCUGUGCGCGGUGUGAGAAAUAUGGAAAGCCAUGCCCGGGUUAUUUCAGGAACUUCAAGUUCAAAGCGGGAAAACCUUAUCGUUCUCGACGAGUACCUCGAACCGAUGGCUCUGAUUCUGAAACGAGCACGUCGAUGAGAGAAAACAACGAGACCGACAGAGGAUCGAUGAUACCGAGUACACCGGUGUCCACGCUGUCUUCCCCAACGAUUAAUGUCCUCCAAGGGCUUUCGUCAGUAGUCGAUGACCUCUCUCAGCCUUACUCGUCGACUUCAAUCCACAUUGUUUCCAGAUGGUUCAGUAGUCUCCCAUCCAUCUAUGGACGGAACAAAACCCUGGAUGCGACUGUUCGAUGCUUUACAGCACACCAUAUCUCGAAGAUGCUGCAGAAUGACCAAUUUUCGCGGUAUUCCAGAUUUGCGUACAUUGAGGCUCUGAGCAGACUUCGGAAAUCUUUGAACGCCCCUUCUGAGCGUCUGUCUUCCGAUAUUUUCUGCGCGGUGCUACUUCUGUGCUUGUACGAGCUAUUUGCGAAUACUCAAGAUCCAGAUACAUGGAUGAAACAUGCAAAAGCAGUGAGCCAGCUAGCCGAGAUUCGUGGGCCAAAUUCUUAUAAGGACCCAUUCGAUAACACAUUACUCAAAGCCGCACGAGGAUUGAUUAUAAUGCACUCUCUGUUCUCCGGGGAAAGAUGCUUCUUGGCCUCAGAGCGCUGGCACGCCGUAAUGAGGCAGCGCAUCAACUCAUUCUCCUCCGAAGAGCUGGAAAAUUUGCUAGAGGAAUUCAUAGAAUUAUUCUCACUGGCACCAAGUCUUGUUCACGCGCUUUAUGAGAUCAAAGCAGCAGACAUGACACAUCCUACAACCUGGAAGAAGCUGUCCGAAACCUUGACCCGAACUCUUGAGAUGCAGAACAAAUUGUCAUUAUGGUACAAUCGCUUUUCCCGAAUAGCACCAACUCCAUACGAAAGGCUAUCAUCAACCGAUGACGCUGUAUAUCCUAUCGUUCUGCACUAUUCCGAUCUGAAUAUCGCCUCACUAUUCAAUUCCUAUCACGCAUAUAUGGCUAUCAUACACGAGGCCCUGCGGACCCUUGGCUAUCCUGGGGAACAUGAAGCUAUGGUCGCCUUUUUCCGAGAUCAGAUUUGCAAGUCAGUGGAAUACAGCGGUGCCGGCCUACUAGGGCCGUACAGAAUGGGAUUCCCGCUGCGUGUGGCAUACGAGGUCGCAGAUAUCAGAACCAAAGCAUGGAUAGAGAACCGUCUGAUGCAAAUGUCGCGGAAUUAUGCAGCUGUGCAGCCCAAGAAUUUCGUGACGGUUCUUGAUUGA